GUACGUGACGUAAAGAACGUUAAUUUUGGAUAUGAAUGAAGAUUAGACCUUUCGAAAAUGACUGAUUUUCAAGUUUGUAGUGUUUAUGACAUGGAUCCCCAGACCCAACUUCAUGAAAUGCGUUUGCAAGGGAUUUUUUGUGACGCAUACAUCAAAAUUCCGGAUGAAAACACCCGUUUGCCUGUGCACAGAAAUGUUAUGGCAAGUUGCAGUCAUUAUUUCAGAUCAUUGUUUACGUCCGGACUAAAGGAAUCGGAACAAAAUGAAAUUUCCAUCUUUGGUGUGUCGGCAAAUACCAUGAACCAAAUUAUCCAGUAUGCCUAUAUUAGGAAGGCCAUUAUAACUCCUGACAACGUAGAAGAUCUUUUAGCAGCUUCUGACAGAUUUCACGUUUUUGGACUUUUGAAAGAAUGUACCCAUUACCUUUAUGAACAAAUCUCUCCAGAGAACUGUAUAGGAAUAUUCAAGUUUGCUCGUUUCUAUAACUGUGAACAUCUAUCACGAAAAGCUUGGGAAUACAUUGUACGAAAUUUCAAAGAUAUUGUUGAAAAGAGUCAAGAAUAUCUUCAGUUGCACGUCGACGACCUGAAAGAAAUUUUAAAUGACGACGACCUUUCUGUGCGCAACGAGAGCGAAGUCUUUCUGGCAAUUCAAAGAUGGAUCGACUACGACCAAAGAGAAAGAAAAGAAAAAUAUUCAGACCUUCUUAAAUCGAUGCGAUUUUGCUUCGUAAAUGUCGAUUUCUUUCAAACCAAAAUCCAACGAAACAAAACCCUUGUAAAUCUGAGAGACUGCAAGAAACUCAUCAAUAGGGUGUCUAACCUCAUGAGAAUCUUCUAUGAGAGCCCUUUUAUCGUCGACGAUGACAACGUCUUGCUGAGACCGCGGGUACCCCCAGAAAUAAUCUUCACGGUGGGCGGGUGGUCCAGUAGCGGGGUGGUGGACACUAUUGAAGCAUACGACAAGAACGUUGACCGAUGGUACGUCACAAAGCAAAGCAUGCCGUGUUCGCGCGCCUACCACGGCACGGUGUUUAUGGACGGACAUAUCUACAUUGUAGGAGGAUUUGACGGGAACCAGUACCUUAACAGUGUCUACUGCUUCUCCCCUGACGAAAAGAACUGGGAGGAGAGAGCCCCCAUGUACAUUAUGAGAUGUUACGUUAGUGCCGUGGAAUUGAAUGGUAUAAUUUACGCAUGCGGGGGUUUUGAUGGACGAAAUCGACAAGACUCUGUAGAGAAGUACAAUCCAAUAAAGAACCAAUGGACGCACGUACAGCCAAUGUGGAGGAAACGCAGCGACGCCGGAGCAACGGCUCUUGAUGGUAAGAUUUACAUUGCCGGGGGCUUUGACGGCACGUCUUGUCUGGAUUCCGCUGAAGUUUAUGACCCAACUGUAAACCAAUGGACAAUGCUGGCAGAAAUGACGUCACGAAGAAGUGGCGUGGUUUUGGUGGCAUUGCAGAAAGAACUCAUUGCAUUGGGGGGAUAUAAUGGCAGUGACCGACUUUCAUCAGUUGAGCGAUACAGUUGGGCAACACGCUCUUGGUUUCCCAUGGGCUCUAUGAUACAGGGUCGAAGUAACUUUGCCGCGGUAAUAAUGGACGGGAAAAUUGUGGCUAUCGGAGGAUAUGACGGGUCCACAACAUCCCCUAAUGCUGAGGAGUAUGACCCUGCUAAGAAGGCCUGGAGAAGACUAUAUCCUCUGAACUACGGAAGGAGUGCUGUCAGCGCAUGCCUGGUGACUAGGAUCAGAAGUGGGCGUGACUUUACUUACCAUGGACUGGCUCACGAUGAAAAUUUAUAAAUCAUAAACUGGAUGCAAUGUUAGAAUAAUGCAAUUUAUGACAUUUUUUGCACUGCUGUAUUUUGUAUUGACUGAAUGAUGUACAAAACUUAAAUAACUAAGUCUAAACUAACUCAAUGUAUCUUGAAAUUAUA